AGAGUUAUGGUGUAAAUCCUAUACACACAUUUUCAUGCCUUGCUUCUUCUGACACUUAGGAACAUCAAGGCCUGACAGGAGUGAUCCUCUGGUUCGAAGACUAGAUCCUGAGGCUAUCCAGGAAAAACUACAACUCCCAGGAUGCUCAUCCGCCCCGCCCCUGCACUCCUCCCCCAGCUAGAAAGCGAGUAUCACAGAGAAGACGAGGCAACAUGGCUCCCGGAGGUGGAAGGCAGAGGUUUCACCCCCUUUGAAGAGGUGAAGAAGAGCAGCGGAGGGGAACGGGAAAAGAGAAGUGACUACGAUUUGUCAUCGCUUUUAUCUUCCCAGCCUCUUCUGAGUCUGGUCAGCCUCACCUCUGCUCUCCAUCCGCACCCAGUGGUCUCCUCCCCUCCCCGCCCACGUUCCCUCGCCCCUCCCGCUCUCGAACCCUCUCCCCGCCCCCCCUCGCCCCUACCCCCCGCGGAGUGCGCACGCGCCCGCCUCCAGCUUCGCGCGGGGAUCGCCGACUGGCUCGCUUGCGCAGCCGCUGUUUCUUCUGCCCACGGAGGAAGCAUGGGCGUCCAGGGCUUCCAAGAGUUCCUGGAGAAGCGCUGUCCCGGGGCUGUGGUGCCUGUGGACCUCCUCAAACUCGCGCGCACCGUCUCGCGCCAGCAGCAGCAGCAGCACCUGCACCGCCAGCUGCCGCCAGCAGCCCUAGCGCCAGGGGCUCCACGCAUCGCCAGGGGCUCUGCUCCUCUGCCGCCGCCGCUCCCGCCUGCUGCCUUUGGUGCUUACUCCGGGGGCGCGGGGCCGACUCGGCACCAUCACCCUGCUCACCAUUUCCACCACCAUGGCCAAGCGCCGCCAGGGCUGCAUCCGCCGCCGCCCCCUCCGCUGCCUGGGGCUCGGGUAUUGGUAGACGCGGGCUCGGCGCUGCCGCGGCUCUAUGGUGGUUACCAGACGGAUUGGGUUUGUGGCGGCCAGUGGAAUGCCAUGCUGGGCUACUUGUCAGCGCUGUGCCAGGCUUGUGCCUAUCCGGGCGGAGACGGCCUGGAGCUGGUGGUCAUGUUCCCUGGGGGCCUGGGGAAGGACCGACUGGCGGAGUGGGGCCGUCGGUGCCAGGCGGAGCGGCAGACUGCGCAACUGAUCGUGGGACACGUGGGCAACAAGGGCACCCCUCCACCGCGGGCCUGGUUCCUGCCACCUGCCUGUCUGAGCCACUGCGUGAGGCUAGCACUCAUCCGCUUCCGGGUCAAGGUAUUUGCUCAGUACACUUUUGUCUGUGAAAACUACCAGUUGAGAGACAUUUUACUACCCCUCAAGUUCCUGACCCAUUGUUCUCCAAAAGGACUCAGAAACAGAGCAACUUAAAGGAGGUUUAGACUGUGACUCAAGAGAUAAUGUGGUGUGAUGCAGGGGAAUGAAAGUUUUAUUGAAUAGUUAUUGUAAAAGAGCAGAAAGAUAACCACCACAUAAUGUACUCUGCUUCCCAUCUAUGUUUUCAAAGGAAGUUAAAUGGAUCGAUGAAAAGAAACAAAGAUUGAUUGUGUCAGAAAUCAUAUUGGUGGUACAUGACUAACCAGACUGAGACAUCUGACCAGAUGCAGGUGUCAUUUUGUGCUUUCCUCCUUCAGGAAGGAAAUGGCUGAUGUGCCUCCCGAUUGUUUACUAAUCCUGCCAUCUAGACCCUGAAAAGUCCAAAGCUCUUCUAGAUGGGACAUGAUCAUAAGAGUAAUAAUCACUGUCACUUCUUGAGCAUCAAGUUGGGUAUAAAAUGCAUUUUAAACACAGUGUCUUGUUUAAUCCUCACAGAUUUGCAAGUUUUGUACGCUAUCCUCCCCAUUUUACAGUUAAAGAUGAUUUGGAUUUGUCAUUUUAGUUUUUAAUUACAAGAAAAUGUCAAGCCUUUUCUUUUCAUGAAAAUAAAUAGUAUCUUACAAAAAAAAAAAGAAAGGCAAAGGGGUAAAAUGGAGGUUGGGGAUACAGCUCAGUGUUGAACAAGGAAGAUUAAGUUUACUCCCCAGGAUCAAAGCCAAACCAAAACAACCGAACAAAUAAGAAACAAGAAGUGAUUUAAAAAUACUUUGGUGCUGUGGAUUAGUACCUAUUCACGGUAGGUACAUAUUGUAUCACUGAACCAAAACCCAGGUUCAGUAAUUUUCUUUGGAGGCAGAAUGUGCUCUGGUAAGUGAGAGAUAAAAACCGUUGCUUUUAGAUCUCUAUUGCUUAGUCUUUUUCUGAAGGAUCCCAUGACAUUUCGUUUUUUUUUUUUUUUAACAUUUUUGUGUAAGGUUGUGUACUUUUCUUGACUAAGGACAAAGGAACAGAAUUGUUGAGCAUUGCGUUUGUGCCAGCCGUGCUGAAAUCCACAGUUCUGCCAGUACAAGACAAAUGUGUUAGCUAAUUGCCAAGUGAGUCACACAGUGAUGUUGGAGGAAUUCAAAGUAGUAAUCCUUUCUAUGCAAAAUAAUUGAGGUGUGUGUGUGUGUGUGUGUGUGUGUGUGU